AGCCACUUGCACACACCACAGACCAUCCCAAGGAAUUUCACCUUUAGAGUUCAAACCUACUCCGCAUAAUCUCUUCCAACUCCAUUUCUCCUACCCAACCAGACGAGCCACCACGGUCCACUUUACUGGCGCUUCGUCUUUCACACCCAAUCCCAAGGAAAUCCCUAGACAUGCCCAAGACAUUUCCAAAAACUGGAGUCUGUAGGCAUCGUCACCAUCACUUGGGAUCCUGAAUUUUCUCCGCACAGCAAUUCUCCGUACUCCUUACCACGGGAUUCAUCCCCAUUCUGAAUCAUGAACUCCCAUUUUCUAACCUAUCUAUCACCACUACUACGACAGCAUUUACUAAGACAGGUCCAAUCCCAACGUUUUCUCUACAUUCUUUGCCAUGGCGGGCCCAUUUCAGAAUUCCGAACUUGACCCCAUUCUUGGUGGGGCUUCAUCUUUGCCAACCGAGCACCGGCCAUCCUCCACUACUUACGGGUAAGCCUACUGUAAGGUAGCGUACUCGUAGUCGUACUUGUAAUUACUCACCCAGGUUAGCUUACCCAGGUCGUCUCGUCUUCCCAAAUGCUCCAUAUAUGAAGUACUUUCUUAGCUACUUCGUACCUGCAUCGGCAGUGCAGAUGACUAUCAACAUGUAAGUGUCUGGCUAGAUGCUGUGCAGUGCAGUAGAGAGAAACGGCGGGACGAGUCGUAGCGUCGCUAGUAGUCGUGACGUUUAGACGUUAGGUGGAUAUUUGCUCGCUUGUACAGGCAUUCGAACGUCGAUACUGCAAUUAAGGUUUAUGUCGAAUGCGGCUCUUCCUCCGUCCAAAGUACUUGUACCUGGAUAUCUCAAUCAAAGUCUCGUACCCUCCACUUUCAUAUACGGGCACAUAACCCAGUCAAGUACAAGCCUUCAAGUCGCGCACGUUCAAUCACAAAAGUCCACCAAGCCGGUGGAAUUCAGCAAGUGGGAAGCUUGUCAUUUUUGGUUGGUUGUCGUUGCUUCAUACAUCCAUUACAGAAGGAUCGGCUCAAACCCUUUUUCGAAAGAACCAUGUGUGAGUCCGAAGAAAUUAGUUGCGGUAGUAACGGUACCUGCCUCCUCCUAUUUUAGCCCCAUCUCCGAUUUCGUACUUAGUUACGACUACCCCAAUCAUGUUAGCCUUUUCCUUGUCGUGUCUAUUAGAUGCUCUCAGUGUCCCUCGUCGAGUUUCUGUGCUUUUCCAAGCUUUGGUCCCAAGAUGAUUUUCCCCAUUGUCCUCUCGUUACUCGUAUCAUCCACUGUUGCAUCAUUAUACGAUCCAAAUGCUGUUGCUUGUCCUUCUGAGUCUCUGGUAAGAGAUGCAAGAGGAUUGUCGAAUAAGGAAGAGGAAUACAGAGUGAAACGAAAGGCUACAGCGGAUGUGUAUCUGAAGGCAUGGCUGAGAAAAACACACCGAGAAUUCAGUACCUCUGGAGAACUUCCCACUGUCAGUCGUCUCACUCAAUAACUAAAUGCAUAACUAAUGUGAAUAGAUUGCCUUGGCAAGCAGUGGUGGUAGUUACAGAUCUAUGCUUGCUGGUGCUGGCGUGGUCCAAGGAUUGGAUGCAAGAGACUCCAACGUCAGUACCAGUGGCUUGUUUCAAGCAUUGACAUAUCACGCUGGCAUUUCUGGAGGUAGUUGGUUGUUAUCAUCCCUUGCUGGAAACAACUACCCCACCAUAAGUUCUCUCAGAGAUGGACUCUGGGCCCCUGCUCUCGCCAACACCCUUCUACUUCCCGGAGGUGCUUCCUUCGCAGGGAAUAUCAUCAACAUCAUCCACGACAUGGUCUCAAAAGAAGCUGCAGGGUACGAUACCACUAUCGUAGACUUAUGGGGUCGUCUCCUCUCUUAUCAACUUCUUUCAGGCCCCAGUGGAGGAGCGGCCAAGACUCUCUCUGGAAUAGCUUCUUCCAACAGCUUUAUCUCACAUGAAGUCCCUUACCCUAUCAUAACAGCCAUUGGCGCCAGAGUCUGGGACGGCGAGUGCGUCCCAGAAUUUAAUGGAACAAGUUAUGAAUUCUCCCCAUAUGAAUUCGGAUCCUGGGACAAGGACGUAAGUGCUUUCACGCCCACUCAAUACCUAGGAACCUCGCUCCGAGGGGGGAAACCAAGUACUCAAACUUGCACCACCAAUUACGACAACCUAGGCUAUAUCUUCGGAACCAGCUCAAAUAUCUUCCCCGCCCUCUGUAAAAACUUCCCCACAUUGGGCGACGGUGUGGAUCUGGCUUUCAAGGCGGAAGCCUUGCUCAAUCAGAUCCACCAAAUCGUAACACAGGAAAAAUACGCACACUACAAGAAUCCCUUCUACGAAUACAAGUCCGAGACUCAAACGUUCAACUCAGCCAACAACGUCUCCGCCCACGAACAACUCUCCUUGGCCGACGGUGGAAUCACCGAACAAAACGUUCCUAUCCUCCCCUUCCUCCAACCAGCACGAAACGUCAGCGUCAUCAUCGCAAAUGACAAUUCAGGCGAUACCGAAGAUAACUGGCCCAACGGACUCUCUCUAUACAUCACCUACAUGGAAUCCGCCGCCCUGGGUCUCGACCGCAUGCCGUUCAUUCCUCCACCCGACGAAUUCAUCGCCAAGGGCCUGAACAAGAAAGCUGUCUUCUUCGGCUGCGAGGACAUGAAGAAAGUCACGAUUGUGUACCUCCCAAACCGCAAUUGGACGACGGAGAGCAACGUCUCAACCACGGAUAUGCAGUACAGCUACCAGGACACGGCGGCGCUCAUUGAGAAUGGGCUUAGUAUCGUGACCCAAGGGAAAGAUGAUGAGUGGGGAGUCUGCAUGGGCUGUGCGAUCAUGGGGAAGAGUACUACGGCGAACAAAUUGCCGAGGGAAUGUAAGAGUUGUUUUGAGGAGUUUUGUUAUGUGGCUGGGGUUUAGGGGACUUGAACUUGAACUUGCAUAUAGAGUUGGUGGCACUUUUAUGAUGAUUAUGAGGUUUGGGAGGGCUUGGGAUGGGG